AAACGAGGUUGUAUUUUGGACAAGACGAUGUAGAAAUCGGGAUUUCUAAAGUGAAAUUGUUAUUGGAAUCUUUGCAAACAUGUCUGAAUCGUCAGUAGAAAUAACACAGGAAGAGUUGGAGACAGAAUUCCACAAUGCUAAGGCUUAUCUGCUGAAAACAAGCACUCAUUCGAAUCUCAAUGUAUUUGACAGUUUAUCUGAUAUUUUAACAAAACUUUUAAAAGAAAAGCCAGAAAAUGCUACAGAAUUAAUAGAUGACCUUGUAAGAGACAACAAAAGAUCARCUUUCAAACCAUCAUUUGAUACAAUACAGGACCAGCAAGAUGAUUCGACUGAGGUUCUACUUGCUCGGACACAGCAGGUCUUAUUUGAGCAAAAGCCAGACCCAAUGCUUUUGGACCCUGAGCCAGAGCUUGAAGAGGAACAAGAAAGUCCAUUGCCAGAUUUGAUGGAGCUUGCAAACUACUUUGAACUGGCCGGAGUGGGAUUGAGUAGAGAAGAAACAUUUAGAAUAUUUUUGGCUUUGAAACAGUUAGUGGAUAGUAAUCCUAUAAGAACUUGUCGUUUCUGGGGAAAGAUCUUUGGGCUUCAGGAAAAUUACAUCGUUGCUGAAGUAGAGUUUCAUGAGGGAGAAGACCCUUUGGAUAUAGAAGAAGACAAAGAAAAUGCUGAAGGGGAAAAAGAAAGAGAUGAAAAGAACCAGGAUGGAGCCCCAGAUAUUAUCAAAGAAGGGGAUUUUGAUGUUGAAGAAGAUGAUGUCCCAAGAACAGACUUCAAGCCUCCUCCAAUAAUCCCAACAGAGGAAAACAGAGUUGGUUGUAACAAGAAAGCAUAUUUUGUGUGUAAUGAGGCUGGAAAGUCUUGGACUAGACUUCCACAAGUCACUCCUGCACAAAUUGUUGUAGCUCGACAAAUCAAAAAAUUCUUUACUGGAAGUCUAGAUGCUCCUGUUAUUAGCUAUCCACCAUUUCCAGGAAAUGAAGCAGAGUAUCUAAGAGCACAAAUUGCCAGAAUUUCGGCCACCACACAUGUUAGUCCUUUGAAUUAUUAUAUGUUUGAAGAAGAAGAAGAGGAUGAAGAUGAAGGAGCAGUACGAGAAUCAUUUGUCGUCAAUCAAGAAUUUGAGGGACUGUCAGUUAAUGAGUUAGUGGAGCCCUCCUGUGCAAACUGGGUACAUCAUGUACAGUAUGUCCUUCCUCAGGGUCGAUGCUCAUGGUACAAUCCAUUAAUCAAGAAAGAAGAGGAAGAGUUAGAAGAAGAAGAGGAAGACGAGGAAAGAGAAGAACCAGAUGAACCUGAGCCAGAAACAGGUCCUCCAUUGCUGACUCCACUGUCAGAGGAUAAUGAGGUUGAUAAUAUGCCACCAUGGACAGCAAACAAGUCAUCAACUCUUGUACCUCAAUAUUCGAUUGCAAUAAUACACUCCAAUCUUUGGCCUGGUGCACAUGCCUUUGCCCUCGAUAGAAAAUUUGAAAAUGUUUACAUUGGUUAUGGGCAAAAGUACAUGGCUGAGAAUUACAGUCCUCCACCACCACCAGCACCCCAAGAAGAGUACCCAAGUGGACCAGAAAUAACGGAGGUUGAUGACCCAAGUGUUGAGGAGGAAAAAGCGCUCAAAGCUGCACAACUAGAAGCAUUAGAGAACCAGGAAAUGGAAGAUGAGGAAGAAGAGGACGAAGACGAGGAUGAUUAACUAAUUAAUUGUUGUUUUUAAUGUAAAUAUAUCUGUAAAUAUGGUAUGCAGUGUUGUCAAGUGCUGAAGUUGAAUAGUUCUUUGUGUACUUUUAAAUGUAGUAAUGCAGUGUCAUUAUUAAAAUGUAUACAACACACUA